GCCGCGCCGGGCGCGACGACGCCAGCAGUGACCGAAGCACCCCGCGCGCGCAAGAACCGGCCCGGUCAUUCUUCCGCCGCCGCCUCCUGCUGGAGUAUAAAGCAGCCCGGCGCCUGUGACAACUCUUUUCAUCCCUUCAGUGCAGUAGUGCACGGGACUACGGGAUUCUUGCCCUCACAAGAUCCUGUUCGUGCUUGGUGCCUUGGUGGCACCAAAGAUUGAAAAGGUGCAGACCUCACCCACGCCACGGUGCCAUAAAGAUUGGAUUAGACUCAUGGGUUCCCUCACAAGUUCUUGGAUGAUGAACUUGUGCGGGAGCCCAAUUUGUUCUAGGCAAGCUGCAGUCUCGUGCGCAUGGAAGGAAGCUUUUGACUCUUCCACUUGCUUGAACCAUCUGCUGGUGGCUGGCAUCGCCGCGCUGCUUGUCGUCAUCCUUGCACUCCAGCUGCUCGUCAGAAUUCCUAAGAGCAGAGCAUCCACGGGGCAGCUCAUCGCGCUCGGUUCACCGCUUCAUUUGGCAGCUGUGGUGUUUGAUGGAUGCCUGGGGCUGGUUUAUCUUUGCCUAGGACUGUGGAUGCUGUGGAGUAGUAGCUUCAAUCAAGGUACUUCUGUUUACCUGCCGCAUUGGUGGCUGGUAAACUUGGCUCAAGGAUUCAGUUUGAUCCUUGUCAGUUUUGCUUUCAGCAUCAGAGGACGGGUUCUUGGACCGGCAUUUGUCCGGUUUUGGUCAGUUUUCCUGACCACUUAUGCUGCAUAUAUUUGUUGCUCCUCGGUUGUUUACAUGCUCGUGGAUAAGGCUGUCACCAUGAAGGCUUGUUUGGAUGUUCUGUUCCUACCAGCCGCACUACUAUUCCUUGUCUAUGGAAUUUGGCACAUAAAGGAUGAUGGUUAUGAAAGAAUUGAAAAUACUUUAUGUAAGCCCUUAAACACCGAGACUGUUGCGGAGGCAACUGAUUUUGAGGGUCAUGUAACCCCUUUUGCUGAUGCUGGGUUUUUCAGUACAAUUUCAUUUUGGUGGCUGAAUCCUCUGAUGAAGAUGGGUUAUGAGAAGCCCCUUGAGGAGAAAGACCUACCACUUUUAGGCACCACAGAUCAAGCAUAUAACCAGUACUUGAUGUUCGUGGAGAAGCUGAAUAGCAAGAAACAGUUGCAUCCACAUGGGACUCCUUCAAUCUUUUGGACUAUCAUUUCUUGUCACAAAAGCGGGAUAAUCGUCUCAGGUUUCUUCGCAUUGCUCAAGGUGCUCACGCUGUCUUCAGGUCCGGUGCUUUUGAAGGCGUUCAUUAACGUUUCGCUUGGGAAAGGGACCUUUAAAUAUGAAGGCUAUGUGCUGGCUGCAGCAUUGUUCUUUUCUAAAUGUUGUGAAUCUUUGUCAGAGAGGCAGUGGUUUUUCCGCGCUCGGAGGUUAGGACUCCAAGUGAGGUCAUUACUAUCAGCUGCUAUCUAUAAGAAACAACAGAGGCUAUCAAACUCAGCAAAAAUGAAGCAUUCUUCCGGAGAAAUCAUGAACUAUAUCACUGUUGAUGCCUAUCGGAUUGGGGAAUUUCCGUACUGGUUCCAUCAAUCAUGGACAACAAGUGUCCAACUUUGCAUUGCUUUGGCAAUUCUAUAUAAUGCGGUUGGUCUUGCUAUGAUUGCAUCACUGCUUGUCAUCAUUAUCACUGUACUUUGCAAUGCUCCAUUAGCCAAACUGCAACACAAAUUUCAGAGUAAACUUAUGGAAGCGCAAGAUGUGAGACUAAAGGCCAUGUCAGAGUCCUUAAUUCAUAUGAAGAUCUUAAAACUAUAUGCAUGGGAAACUCAUUUCAAGAAAGUCAUUGAGGGGUUAAGGGAGGUUGAAUACAAGUGGUUAUCAGCAUUCCAGCUUAGGAGAGGAUACAACAGUCUCCUCUUCUGGUCAUCACCUGUUUUGGUUUCAGCUGUGACCUUCCUUGCAUGCUAUCUUUUAAAAAUUCCUCUUGAUGCUAGCAACGUAUUCACCUUUGUCGCAACUCUGCGCCUUGUUCAAAACCCGAUUCGGCAGAUACCAGAGGUAAUCGGAAUUGUGAUACAAGCUAAAGUUGCUUUCACUAGGAUAGCAAAGUUUCUUGAUGCACCUGAGCUGGAUGAAAAAGUGAGGAAGAAAUACAUUGUUGGGUCUGAGUAUACGAUAGAGAUAAACUCCUGCAGUUUCUCAUGGAAUGAGAGCUCAUCAAAACCAACACUAAGGAAUAUAAAUUUCGUUGUCAGAACCGGAAUGAAGGUUGCAAUAUGUGGUGAGGUAGGGUCAGGAAAGUCAACACUUUUGGCUGCAGCACUUGGAGAGGUUCCAAAAAUUGAAGGCAAGAUCCAAGUUUGUGGCAAAAUUGCAUAUGUUUCUCAGAAUGCAUGGAUCCAAACAGGAACUGUCCAAGAUAAUAUUCUCUUUGGAUCUUCAAUGGACAAGCAAAGAUACCAAGAAACACUGCUGAAGUGCUCUUUGGUUAAGGACCUUGAACUGUUGCCAUAUGGAGACCAUACUCAAAUUGGGGAGAGAGGGGUAAAUCUUAGCGGUGGUCAGAAGCAACGUGUUCAGCUUGCUCGUGCACUGUACCAAAAUGCUGACAUCUAUCUCCUUGACGAUCCUUUCAGUGCUGUCGAUGCCCACACAGCAACAAGUCUCUUUAAUGAAUAUGUUAUGGGAGCUCUAUCAGACAAGACUGUUCUUCUGGUGACCCACCAAGUGGAUUUCCUUCCUGUAUUUGAUUGCAUCCUGUUAAUGUCAGAUGGGGUGAUUAUUCAAUCUGCACCUUAUCAAGAGCUAUUGGCACAUUGCCAUGAAUUUCAGGGCCUUGUAAAUGCCCAUAAAGAUACUAUUGAUAUUUCUGAUCACAAGAAUGUGCUGCCCCAAAGAGCAAAGGAAAUAUCAACCAAGGAGAUAAAUGAUAUUCAUGGAAGCAGAUAUAGAAAACCUGUGAAGCCAUCACCAGCAGAUCAAUUGAUCAAACGAGAGGAAAGAGAAAUGGGAGAUACAGGUGUCAAGCCUUAUAUGAUCUACCUGUCCCAGAAAAAAGGCUUCUUAUAUGCCUUUCUUUGUGUUACUUCCCACAUGAUUUUCUUAGCUGCACAAAUAUCGCAGAAUUCAUGGAUGGCUGCUAAUGUCCAAAAUCCCAGUGUUAGCACAUUGAAGUUGAUUUCUGUUUACAUAUUUAUUGGAGUUUGCUCAGUGUUCUUCAUACUUUCAAGAACUUUAUCAGCCAUUGUUCUUGGGCUGCAGACAUCAAGAUCCCUAUUUUCCCAGUUACUAAACUCAUUAUUCCGUGCACCCAUGUCAUUUUUUGAUUCUACUCCUCUUGGAAGGGUUCUUAGCCGGGUUUCUUCUGAUCUGAGUAUUAUUGACCUUGAUGUUCCAAUGGUCUUCAUGUUUACCAGUAGUGCCAGCUUAAAUGCAUAUAGUAAUCUAGGGGUAUUAGCUGUUGUUACAUGGCAAGUUCUGUUUGUUUCUGUGCCAAUGAUAGUUUUAGCAAUCACAUUGCAGAGGUACUAUUUAGCCUCAGCUAAGGAAUUGAUGCGGAUAAAUGGCACUACAAAAUCUGCUCUGGCUAAUCACAUAGGUGAAUCGAUUUUGGGGGCAGUGACUAUAAGGGCCUUUGAAGAAGAAGAUCGUUUCUUUGCUAAAAAUUUGGACCUUGUUGACAAGAAUGCCGGUCCCUUCUUUUAUAAUUUUGCAGCAACUGAAUGGCUGAUUCAACGCUUGGAGACAAUGAGUGCUGUGGUCCUUUCAUUUUCUGCCUUUGUCAUGGCUCUUCUUCCUACAGGAACUUUCAGCCCUGGUUUUGUAGGAAUGGCAUUGUCCUAUGGUCUAUCCCUAAAUGUGUCGUUUGUUAACUCCAUUCAAAGACAAUGCAGCCUGGCAAAUCAAAUUAUCUCUGUGGAAAGGGUGAAUCAGUACAUGGACAUACAAAGUGAAGCAGCAGAAGUUAUUGAAGAAAACCGGCCAGCUCCAGAGUGGCCCCAAAUUGGCAGGGUGGAGCUUAAAGAUUUAAAAAUUAGGUAUAGGCAAGAUUGUCCCCUUGUACUACAUGGAAUCUCUUGUACCUUUGAAGGUGGUCAUAAGAUUGGUAUAGUUGGCCGGACAGGAAGUGGAAAGACAACUUUAAUUGGUGCAUUGUUUCGUCUUGUGGAGCCAGCUGGAGGGACAAUUAUUAUAGACUCUGUAGAUGUCACCAGAAUAGGCUUACACGACCUGCGUUCACGUUUGGGUAUCAUUCCACAAGAUCCGACACUCUUUCAGGGUACUGUAAGAUAUAAUUUAGACCCUCUUGGGCAAUUCUCAGAUCAACAAAUAUGGGAGGUUCUUGACGAAUGUCAGCUGCUUGAAGCCGUGCAGGAGAAGGAACAUGGAUUGGAUUCACUGGUUGUGGAAGACGGUUCCAACUGGAGCAUGGGCCAACGGCAGCUCUUCUGUUUGGGACGUGCACUUUUGAGAAGAUGCCGUAUCUUAGUUCUCGAUGAGGCCACGGCAUCUAUAGACAACGCAACUGAUGCUAUCCUUCAAAAAACGAUCAGAACAGAAUUCAAAGAUUCCACUGUUAUUACUGUCGCACACCGUAUACCAACAGUUAUGGACUGCACUAUGUUACUCACAAUGGGUGAUGCCACCUGCCAUAGCGUCCUUGUCAAGGGGGGGUUGGCGACGCAGGGCGGCGAGGUGGCGAUGACGUCGCGGACGGGGAUGUCGCUGUGCAGGGGAGCCGGCGUCGUGAUGGCGUAGUCGUGCAGCGGUGCAGUGGCGACGGCGAGCCGGUGGUGCUUCCCGUCGCUCUCAGCCCUCCCUCUCGAUCGGUCUAGGGUUUGAGGUGGGAACCAAGACUGCAGCAGUGAACCUCGUCAUUUGUGCCGCUGGUUCUCAUCUCCCUUUUAUGGGGCUGCGCGACAGGGGCCCACCAGCCUUCCAUGGGCUGGGCGCCCCCGAUCAGGGCGCGAGUCAAGGUCCAUUUGGUCCGUUGGGCCCAAAUGGUGGAGAUCAAUACUAACAUUCUCCCCCUUGAUCUCAUCUUGUCUUUUAACUUAUCUCAAUCUUUACUUUAUACAUUCUUUAUUCUUUGUUUACUUACUCCAUCACGGAUUAGUGCAUAUGAGCAUGCCUCAUCGUCACGGUCAAUAGCCGAUAGACUUAACAACUACAACACACCUCUCGGUUCUGAAAUAGGUACUUUAACUUUGGGCCUUUUAUUGUCCGGAAACAUAGGCUAUACCAUAAACCCAUGUCGACUGUGUGUUCUCUGUACACACUGGGCGGUAAGCCUUUAAUAAAAGGAUCCGCAAACAAUUGUCUGUCAUUUAUAUUUCCAAUGCAUUUCAAUCAUGAUUCCGGACUAUCUCCUUUACAACGUAUAAUUUUGUGUCAAUGUGUUUGGCACCACACUUGAGUCGUUGUCAUAGGAGCAAAAAUACUUAAAUGGUUAUCGCUGUUAUCAACCAUUAUCAUCUCCGGGUACAAACUCUCUUAACCAUUUUGCCUGUCCCUCGGCCUCGUAUCGUGCUAUACUAUAUCUUUGCAUCACAUUGAUCAUAAUUGCUUUGUUUUGGAGCUUUUCCACACAAAACCUCCAAAUGUGAAAGUUAGCGAUAAUUGUGGAUUUCGCUACACAUUUCACUAGUUCUGCUUUUGUACUCACAACCUUUUGAGAGUACUUGAUCUUUCCAACUUAGCAUGAGGCCAACAUUCUCAAUUUCAAUUCCAGUGAUCUAUCUCUAGAUUGUACUUUUGCCAAAAUAACCCGGAUACACAAACUAUGUCAGGGUAAGUUCUUUACUUGCGCGCUUAUAAAGCUUCCAACAGCUGAAGCAUAUGGGACUAUUUCUGUUUCACAUUGGUUCCUGGAACACUAAGGUUCCCAAAACUAUUACCCUUGACGAUAGGAACAGGCGUAGGUUUACUCAUUUGCAUACUUCAUUUCUUUAGAACCUUUUCUGAGUAUGCCUUUGCAGUAACCAUAAUACCCCUUUCUUUUUAUCUCGAUGAGUCUCAAUUCAUAUAAUGAAAAACUCACCACCGAGAUCAAAACUUGAGGAAAAGAAUUCUUUAUUUAUAACAACAUAUUAACACCACCACUAGAAAGUAGGAUGUUAUCUUCAUUUAAGAUGUGGAAAUCGUGUUUCCCAUUCUUUUACAUUGCUUAAAAGCUAUUGUCCUUCCUCAAUCUCUUUGAACCCAAACUUUCUUCUCUUUGUAUCUUUUGACACAAGUCUUACUUUAUAUCUUUCAACAUUCCCUCUAGAGUCACAUUUCGCUUUGUAGGUCCAUUAUAACCUACUGUGAUGGCUCUUUUAGGAAUCAUUUCUUUUUCCAUGGACUUAACACAUGGAAUUCUUAUGACUUCUUCAAAUGAGGUGGAAUCGACCUCCAUUUGAUUUUCUUUACUUUGUGUAGGGCUGUUGUUGUUCCUUUUUGCCAAAUGGCUAUGGACUAAUGAGACCCUGCAUAACAAGAUCCUUCUUUACUUUA